GCCUGGUGUGCACGUCAUGGCCGUCGGCACCGCGGUCUCGUCCUCUUCCGCUUGGCCCCAGAAAGUUUCGGUUCUGCCCGGCUGUGGACCCACGAGCGCGUGCCACCAUGGAGUCUGACCACUGCUGAGCAGACAGCCACCGAGGGCCGAAAUUCUGAGCCUUCCUCUGGACCCAGGCAGGAGACACACAGACAAGAAAGGCAAACUCACCAUGGCCUCCACCAAUGCAGAGAGCCAGCUCCAGAGAAUCAUCCGAGACUUGCAAGAUGCUGUGACAGAACUAAGCAAAGAAUUUCAGGAAGCAGGGGAACCCAUCACGGAUGACAGCACCAGCUUGCAUAAAUUUUCUUAUAAACUUGAGUAUCUCCUGCAAUUUGAUCAGAAAGAGAAGGCCACCCUCCUGGGCAACAAGAAGGACUACUGGGAUUAUUUCUGUGCCUGCCUGGCCAAGGUGAAAGGAGCCAACGAUGGGAUCCGAUUUGUCAAGUCUAUCUCGGAGCUCCGAACAUCCUUGGGGAAAGGAAGAGCAUUUAUUCGCUACUCCUUGGUGCACCAGAGGUUGGCAGACACCUUACAGCAGUGCUUCAUGAACACCAAAGUGACCAGUGACUGGUACUAUGCAAGAAGCCCCUUUCUGCAGCCAAAGCUGAGCUCGGACAUUGUGGGCCAACUCUAUGAGCUGACUGAGGUUCAGUUUGACCUGGCGUCGAGGGGCUAUGACUUGGAUGCUGCCUGGCCAACAUUUGCCAGGAGGACGCUGGCCACUGGCUCUUCUGCUUACCUGUGGAAACCCCCUAGCCGCAGCUCCAGCAUGAGCAGUUUGGUGAGCAGCUAUCUGCAGACUCAAGAGAUGGUGUCCAACUUUGACCUGAACAGCCCCCUAAACAACGAGGCAUUGGAGGGCUUUGAUGAGAUGCGACUAGAGCUGGACCAGUUGGAGGUGCGGGAGAAGCAGCUACAGGAGCGCAUGCAGCAGCUGGACAGAGAGAACCAGGAGCUGAGGGCAGCUGUCAGCCUGCAAGGGGAGCAACUGCAGACAGAGAGGGAGAGGGGGCGCACUGCAGCAGAGGACAACGUUCGCCUCACUUGCUUGGUGGCUGAGCUCCAGAAGCAGUGGGAGGUCACCCAGGCCACCCAGAACACUGUGAAGGAGCUGCAGAUGUGCCUGCAGUCCCUGGAGCUAGGAGCAGCAGAGAAGGAGGAGGACUACCACACAGCCCUGCGGCGGCUGGAGUCCAUGCUGCAGCCCUUGGCACAGGAGCUUGAGGCCACACGGGACUCACUGGGCAAGAAGAACCAGCAUUUAGCCAGCGUCCCAGACUGGCUAGCCAUGGAUCAGCAGAAGGCAGAUACGGCAUCAGACACAAAGGGCCAGCAAGAACCUAUUCCCAGCGAUGCGGCCCAGGAGAUCCAGGAGCUAGGGGAGAAGCUUCAAGCCCUAGAAAAGGAGAGAACCAAGGUCGAAGAGGUCAACAGACAGCAGAGUGCCCAACUGGAACAGCUGGUCAAGGAGCUGCAGCUGAAAGAGGAUGCCCGGGCCAGCCUGGAGCGCCUGGUGAAGGAGAUGGCCCCACUCCAGGAGGAGUUGUCUGGGAAGGGACAGGAGGCAGACCAGCUCUGGCGACGGCUGCAGGAGUUGCUGGCCCACUCGAGCUCCUGGGAGGAGGAGCUAGCAGAGUUGAGGCGGGAGAAAAAACAGCAACAGGAGGAGAAGGAGCUGCUGGAGCAGGAGGUCAGGUCUCUGACCCAGCAGCUGCAGUUCCUGGAGACCCAGCUGGCACAGGUGAGCCAACAUGUGAGUGACCUGGAGGAGCAGAAGAAGCAGCUCAUCCAGGACAAAGACCAUCUCAGCCAGAAGGUGGGUGCGCUCGAGCGGCUUGCUGGGCAGCCUGGCCCAGAACUGCCAGUGGCAGGUGAGAAGAAUGAGGCCCUGGUCCCUGUGAACUCCAGUCUGCAAGAGGCCUGUGGGAAGCCAGAGAAGGAGCAGAGGGGCCUGCAGGAGGCACAGUUAGACGAUACCAAGGUGCAAGAGGGCAGCCAGGAGGAAGAGCUCCGGCAGGCCAACAGGGAGCUGGAGAAGGAGCUACAGAAUGUGGUCGGGCGUAACCAGCUCCUGGAGGGCAAGCUGCAAGCCCUGCAGGCUGACUACCAGGCUUUGCAGCAGCGGGAAGCAGCCAUCCAGGGCUCCUUGGCCUCCCUGGAGGCCGAGCAGGCCAGCAUCCGGCACUUCGGUGACCAGAUGGAGGCGAGCUUGCUGGCUGUAAGGAAGGCCAAGGAGGCCAUGAAAGCCCAGGUGGCAGAGAAGGAGGCCACUCUACAGAGCAAGGAGGGCGAGUGUCGGCAGCUGCGGGAGGAGGUGGAGCAGUGCCGGCAACUGGCAGAGGCCCAGCACAGAGAGCUUAGGGCUCUCGAGAGCCAGUGCCAGCAGCAGACCCAGCUGAUUGAGGUCCUCACAGCAGAGAAAGGCCAACAGGGAGUUGGCCCAUCCCCUGACAAUGAAGCCUGUGAGCUGGCUGCCCAGCUAGCCCUGUCUCAGGCGCAGCUGGAAGUCCAUCAGGGGGAGGCCCAACGGCUGCAGGCUCAGGUGGUGGACCUCCAGGCCAAGAUGCGGGCAGCCAUGGAUGACCAGGACAAGGUGCAGAGCCAGCUAAGCAUGGCUGAGGCCGUCCUGAGGGAGCACAAAACCCUUGUGCAGCAGCUGAAGGAGCAGAACGAAGCCCUUAACAGAGCCCAUGUCCAAGAGCUGCUGCAGUGCUCGGAGCGUGAAGGGGCACUGCAGGAGGAGAGGGCCGGUGAGGCCCAGCAGAGGGAGGAGGAGCUGCGGGCCCUGCAGGAGGAGCUGUCCCAUGCCAAAUGCAGCUCCGAGGAAGCACAACUGGAGCACGCUGAGCUGCAAGAGCAGCUGCACCGGGCCAACACGGACACAGCUGAGCUGGGCAUCCAGGUUUGCGCACUGACCAUGGAAAAGGAGCGAGUGGAGGAGGCACUGGCCUGUGCUGUCCAGGAGCUCCAGGACGCCAAAGAGGCAGCCUUAAGGGAGCGAGAGAGCCUGGAGCGCCAAGUAGCUGUGCUGCAGCAAGAGAAGGAGAGCUUGCAGGAGAAGCUGAAGGCGGCCAAGGCAGCAGCUGGCUCACUGCCUGGCCUGCAGGCCCAGCUCGCCCAGGCCGAGCAGCGGGCCCAGAGCCUCCAAGAGGCUGCACACCAGGAGCUCGACACCCUGAAGUUCCAGCUGAGUGCUGAAAUCAUGGACUACCAGAGCAGACUUAAGAAUGCUGGCGAAGAAUGCAGGAGCCUCAGGGGCCAGCUUGAGGAGCAAGGCCGGCAGCUGCAGGCUGCUGAGGAAGCUGUGGGGAAGCUGAAGGCCACCCAAGCAGACAUGGGAGAGAAGCUGAGCUGCACUAGCAACCAUCUUGCAGAGUGCCAGGCGGCCAUGCUGAGGAAGGACAAGGAGGGGGCUGCCCUGCGUGAAGACCUAGAAAGGACCCAGAAGGAACUCGAAAAAGCCACAACAAAAAUCCAAGAGUAUUACAACAAACUCUGCCAGGAGGUGAAAAACCGCGAGAGGAAUGACCAGAAGAUGCUUGCUGACCUGGAUGACCUUAACAGAACCAAGAAGUAUCUCGAGGAGCGGCUGAUAGAGCUGCUCAGGGACAAGGAUGCUCUCUGGCAGAAGUCAGAUGCCCUGGAAUUCCAGCAGAAGCUCAGUGCUGAGGAGAGGUGGCUCGGAGACAUGGAGGCAAACCACUGCCUCGACUGCAAGCGGGAGUUCAGCUGGAUGGUGCGGCGGCACCACUGCAGGAUAUGUGGCCGCAUCUUCUGUUAUUACUGCUGCAACAACUAUGUCCUGAGCAAGCACAGUGGCAAAAAGGAGCGCUGCUGCCGAGCCUGUUUCCAGAAGCUCAGUGAAGGCCCUGGCUCCCCUGAUAGCAGUGGCUCAGGCACUAGCCAAGGAGAGCCCAGCCCUGCACUGUCACCAGCCUCACCUGGGCCCCAGGCCACAGGAGGCCAAGGAGCAAAUACAGACUACAGGCCACCGGACGACGCUGUGUUUGAUAUCAUCACAGAUGAGGAAUUGUGCCAGAUACAGGAGUCCGGCUCCUCCUUGCCUGAAACACCCACUGAAACUGAUUCUCUUGACCCAAAUGUGGCUGAACAGGACACUACAUCAACCUCGCUCACGCCUGAGGACACUGAAGACAUGCCCGUGGGGCAGGAUGCGGAAAUCUGCCUGCUGAAGUCUGGAGAACUGAUGAUCAAAGUACCCCUCACAGUGGAUGAGAUCGCCAGCUUCGGGGAGGGUAGCAGGGAGCUGUUUGUGAGGUCCAGCACCUACAGCCUGAUCCCCAUCACUGUGGCCGAGGCAGGCCUCACCAUCAGCUGGGUCUUCUCCUCUGACCCCAAGAGCAUCUCCUUCAGCGUGGUCUUCCAGGAGGCCGAGGACACACCGCUGGAUCAGUGUAAGGUCCUCAUUCCCAUGACCCGAUGCAACUCCCACAAGGAGAACAUCCGGGGCCAGCUCAAGGUUCGCACGCCCGGCAUCUACAUGCUCAUCUUCGACAAUACCUUCUCAAGGCCGACUCUGACUGAGCCUCGGAGGAGAGAAGGAAGCCAUUUCUGGGAGGCCAGAGCGUCCGUCUUCCAGGCUCUUGCUGUAAGUCAGCCGCUUUUACAGAUGAGGAACCAAGACCCAGGGAAGAUGGCACCAGAGACAGGUGACCCUGGGAAGGCCUGGCUUGGGCAGGGCGGCUCUGCAGCGGAGACAGGCCCUGAAGAACUGGCAACCAGAGGGCCUGUGCCGACCACACUCCCUACAAGUUCUUUCUUGAGGCAUCUCCGUAUGACCAUAGAGAUUUUUUGCUUAGCUUGUGAUGCCACAAUUGAGUGUAUACAAGUAAAUAUGUGGAGAGGACCUCAUAAGGAAUCACUUGUUGGAAAGACCCAUAUUUGCAUGUCAUUUUUAGGCUUUGAUAAUAUAAAAGUCAAAGAAAGACAUUAAAUGGGUCAUUAGCUGUCUGGGUUGUCUAUUCCAAUAAUGUAGGAGUUAUUAGAGAACUAGCUCAUUGUCCUAGGAACACGUUGAAUAGGGACCUCAACUGGAAGGGAGGAGCACAUGAGAUGGGGAGAGAGAGAGACUUUAUUGCAGAAGCACUAUGGUGUGUCUUGGCUGGGAGGGGAAUUCUAAGGCUGUAGUACUUACUAACCACACACAGUGACUAAACAAUCAGUGACUCUUCGGUGAAUGAAGAGAAAGAUUUUUUUGAGUAUCUAAAACAUGUAAAGUGCAGGUGCUGGAGCCCAUGACUACUAGUCUUUUUUCAAAGUCACGGGGAGCCCCUGAACAGACCUCACAUUGAGACAAGCUGACCAGUGUAUAGGAGAAGAACCCUCCGGUGAAGUUGGAGUGGCCAACUUCAGUGAGGGACAGAGAUCUGUGGGCACUGGAUCUGGUGCUGGGGAGAUCUGGCACUGGCUGGUGCUGGGGGAUGAUUUUGGCUGUGCUUUGUUUUGGACCCCACAAGAAGCCCCAGUUCUUGUGAGACCAACUUAGAACUGGAAAGCCAAGCAAACCCAAAGUUUGCAAGCACAAAAGAACCAUCUAGAAGUGUGAGACAGCUUUGCAUUGAUGAAGCAGAAAGACUGUGGCAGUGUCCAAAGGUGUCAACUCAUGAAUGCUUCACGACAGCCUUGGCUUUGUAUUCAAGUCAACACCAUCACAGAAACAAAGAUACCACGCAUAAUAGCUAUACUGCAAUGGCGAUGGCCUUGGGGGAGGUCCACAAGACCAAAAUGGAAGGAGCUCACUGUGGGCUGCUUCCUUCCUUGCUCAGGAUUCUCUGUAACAACUACAAUGGGCAAAUGGAAGAAGUUAUAGCCACUCAGCUCUCUCAGGAAGCAAUCAGGGCAACUCACAAGGCCAAAGCCCUGAACACCAAAGCUGGGAAAAGCACUGGCAUCCAGUCCUGGUCUAGUCAGUUCCUUCCUUGACCACCAGUCCCCCAGGCUGCCUAUAGAUAGCAGGACAAUAUCACUGCCCAAAGGAUGUAAUGUCCCAAUGCUCAAGGUUGGCAAUCUUUAUUUUCUAGAAGUUUUCUAGCUGCCAAACUCUGACACAUGAAGUACAUAUUUGAGAAAUGAUUAAUUUUAAAUGUUUAUAAAGAUAUUAAUUCAUUAUAUUGUUCCUACUCCACACAAGGCAUUUGUGUGUGAUGAGGAGGCGAGGCAUUUAAAACAUGAUCAGAACAGAUCCACACAAAGCUAAUUGUCUGGGCUCCCACCUGGGGAGGCUCCAUAAUUGUCCUAGUGAGGCUGCCCUGUGUGAGGCUCAGCACCACUGGGACUCCCAUGACAGAGCAUCAGAAUCGCAGUUUCUAAAAAUAAAAGCCAAACUCAGCUGUGUUCUUUGCACCUAACUGCACAAUGUUAUUUAGAAGUGGCUCAUGCAUCUUUUUUAUUCUCUCAAGUUCCUAUAAGGGUAAAUAUCUGGGUGUCCUCUUGGAAAUGGUCAAUGGAUGGCUGUGUUCAUAAGUGACCUUGGAGAAGUUAUCCUCCCUUUAACUAUGGAUGCAGUGCCUGUGCUGAGCCCAUGUUGAUCUGCUGGUCCCAGGCCAAUGCUUUCUUCCCACCCACUGCCCCCUCACGGGCAGCAUGUUGAUGGGAUAGCAAGGCCUGUGCUUCACCCCUUCGCCCUCCCUGGCUGCUGCCCAUGUCUGCUCACUUUAUUCCUCAUUCUCAUGUGCUUUAGAAGUGGGCAGGGAGAAGAAGGGUGAAAUGGCAGGGUCCAGUGCUUUUGUGUCCCCUUUGGGAAGGGAUUGCAUUGGAACGGAAACCACAGCGAUCCCCAAGGCACUGGGGAAAUUAGAUGCUUCCUCUAAAGCAAGUGGCAAAGCCAGGGGUGGUUUACUGUGCUGUUCCAAUAGUCCUGCUUGGAAAUUCCAUUUGACUAACACGGAAAAGCCUGAGGAGUAAGUUUGGACAGAGGAGAAAUAAAAACUUGUCAGCCAUGAUGGUUUUAAGGUAUUUGGAGAUCUUAUUUCCUUAUCCCCAUUGCUUACUCUUCACACUUUUUUUAAAGACUAGUCAAUUGCAGUAGAGAGAAGCAGGGAUAGUAGAACAAGGAGUUCAAUCUGUAACUGACUGUGAACAAUCCGAUUGAGAUAACUCACUGUCUUCAGACCAGCCUUCACACUCUUAAUGUAUCUAUUUGAUCUUUAAUUGCACACACUUAAAAUAUUGAGACAGGGUAAAGAAAGUGACAAGUAAUUCAUAUACACAUUAAAAAGCACUUUUCCAAUAUGUGAAAUAUUUUCAAAGGUGAUACAUUUUGCCAAAUCAUGAAAAGAAAGACACAAAAGAUGCAAAGGUGAAUUCCAUUACUUACUUUUUUCAGCCUAAUCUCUAAGUUAAAAGCUUUUAAAAUGUUGCCACCAUAGAGUAAGAAAAGGAGAAGCAUGGAAGUAAACAGCCUUCCAGCAAGGCCUGUGCUUCACCCCUUUGCCCUCCCUGGCUGCUGCCCAUGUCUGUUCACUUUAUUCCUCAGAAUAAAGUGGGCCUCAGAAAGAAGAGGGCCAAGAGAACCAGCCCAUUUUCUAGGGAGCAGACGGUGGACCCAAAGCAAGUGCCACUCAACAGAACAAGCCUACAACAGGGCCAAGGCUGGCUCUUGCGAACCCAGCCAUUAUAAUCUCCCUGCUUAUGCCAUGGAAGGACACUGUCACCAUACCAAGGAAUAAGUGGAAUCCUUGUCUAGGUCAAAACCUCCAGGAGGACACAGAAAUGGAUUGAAAGCCAACAGACUUUGGAUGCCUUGUGGAUGAGGCCAGUUGUCCAGGGGUUCACUGGCCAGACCUGCAGAUCGUUUCAAAAUCAGAACAAGAACCUUCACUGGCCCAGAACAGAAUAAGGAGAACAGAAGGAAAUUAGGUGUGAGAUUGCCUGGAAAGGUUCUAGAUCAGGAAUCUAUAAGACCUGGCAUGGGUUAUCAGGCUCAAGAGCAGGGUAGAAAAUUUCCCAAAGAUGGACAUUUUCACCGCUUUUGUUGUCUGUAGCAGUAGCCAGUGCUUCUGUGUCCCCUUUUGGAAGAGGCAGCAUGAGAACUGAAGCCACAGAAGCUCCCAGUGCAUGGAGAAAAUCCAAGGGCUCCUCCAGAGGCAGCGGCAUUGAUGCUCCGGCGAGUGGCAAAGCCAGGGUGCUCCACAGUGCUGGUCCUUAUUCCUCCUUUGAGAAUUGCAGGCAUCACAGUCAAGAGCCAAUCAACAGCCUCCUGGACUAGUCAGUUGAUUUUGAAAUAUUUGCUUUGGCAAAUUCUGACUACAAGUAAUCAUAUUGUUCAGAUUCAUCCCUUUCUGAGUUUUCUUUUCUCUUUCACUCUCUCUGGUCCCAUCAGUGGGGAAACUGUUUCUGUAUUUCUCAUUUCUUCCAAAAGAACCAUGCACCUCAGAGAAGACCCCUCAGAGGGAGAGUGCUCCUGAGGUUGUCUCCAGCAACAUAGAUGACAGCUUCAAGCUUCCCUCUCUCCUUGUAAAUGAAACCCACUGGGCCUGGCUGAUGCAACCCAAGUUCUUCAGGGUUUUCACAAGAUCCCGGCGGAAUCUCUCACCCACAAAAACAUAGAGAACAGGGUUCAGGCAACUGUGGAAGAAGGCAAUGGUCUGGGUGACCUGGAAGCAGAUGUCAAUGUUAGUGGAAACGGCACAGUUGGAGAUGAACAUGGCAUAGGCGUCAAUGGUCUGCACUAACAAAAUGCAGUUGUAGGGAAACUGAGACAAGACAAAGACGGUCAGGACAGUGAUGGUCACUUUUAGGGCCUUGUGCUUGGACGACUUCUUGGCUUGUAUCAGGGUAUGAAUGAUGAUGGUGUAGCAGCAAACCAUGACCACGAAGGGAAGGAAGAACCCCAGAAUGACCUUCAGGGUCAAGACAGCUGACUUCAGUUUGGUGCUCUCAUCGCUAGGGUAAACCAUGGUGCAGAUAGCAAUGCCGGAUUCCUCCUUGAUUUGGCUGUAUAAGAUUUCUGGGAUGCAGAGCGCAGCUGCCAAUACCCAGAUGGUAAAGCAAACCAUUUUGCUGUACAGAAGCCUUUUCUCCCUCCAAGUAUGUGCUCUCAUGGCCUGGGCAAUGGCGAUGUACCUGUCCACGCUGAUGCACAUGAUCAGCAACACACAGCUGUAGAAGUUCAUCUUGUACAUGCUGUUGACCACUUUGCACAUGAAGGUCUGGAACUUCCACUGGUCAGCAGCGGCAAUGGCCCAGAAGGGAAGAGUGACAAGAAAGAGGAGGUCAGCAAUUGCCAAAUUCAAAAGGAACAUGUCGGUCAUGGUCUUCACUCUUGUGCAGUACCAGUAGACAAGGAUGACCAGACUGUUGCCCAAGGCACCCACGAUGAACACGAGCCAGUACAAGGGUGGGAGAAAAUGGCUCGCAAACUGCCUGACAUUGUUUUUCUCACAGUAGAAGUCAGUGAAGUUGAAGUUAACGUAGUCUUCCAUGGAAGAUGUGGAUUCAGAGCCAUAGUCAUCAGCCAUGUUAGGAAUAGGGCUCUGCAAGGGGACACAAGAUGGCAUUAGGUCAAGGAAAAUAUUUUGAAGGUCCUGUCUGAUGGCAGAGUCAUGGACCUCUUGACCCGUCCAACCCCAAACACCUAUGAUAAGGCCAAAGACACGUAGGCAUUCUGAGGACAUCUGCUUGGGUUGUGACAUAUUUGUUUAUUCAACAUAUGUUUAUUAAGCACAUACUGUAUGUUGGCUACUGUGCUAUGUGCCAAAGAAACCGUAAUAAAUAAGUCAGAUGUGUGGCUUCACUCUCAGGAAACUUACCUACCCAUAGAGCAACCAGACACGCAAAUGAACAUUUAUAGUGUGCAUGCCAAGUGCUCUGAUGGGGUAAGAGUGCCUCCACACUACUGAUGGGCAGUUUUAUCAAACUGUGGGGAUGACUGUGAUCGUCCUUCUCCUAACUAUUCAGUUUUUCACUGACCCUAAAAAGGUCAGCAAGGGCUCUUAAACUCAUCUGGAUCCCAGUCCCCUGAGUUUCCUGAAAGCUCCAGGAGCACCAGCAUACACCCACAUACACAUACACACACAGACACUCUCAACCCCACGUACACACACAAGCACCAUGACCUGCUCUAUAGUUAGCAGGACCUGUGGUCUAAAAAUUAUUAGGAAUUUCAACACAUCCAGCAUUCAAUCAAACAAGCAGCACUUCUAAGCAUAGGGCCCCUGUGUGACUGUGUGGGUUGCACAGCCAUGAAGCUGGCCCCAGCAAGCACAUACACUCACAUGUACAUGCAUACACAUAAUACAUGCACUUGCACAUGCUCUCAUGUACACAAACAUGCCAACACUCAUGCUCACAUGCACAUAUGUACACACUCAUGCAUGCACAUAUAUAUACACACAUAUACGCGCAUACACACAUACACUUCUUACACUUUUUCUGGGUUCCUGAAGCAGAAGCCAUCCUAAAACCCCUGCUACGGAAACAGGAAAUGAGGGCUGGAAAUGAGACCCUGAGAUGUAAGCCCUUGAGUCAAACCUGGGGUGGGAGGGAAUGAAGGACGUGGACUGCCGAUGGAGGAGGAGGGGAGAAUCCAUGCCACGCCUGCUACAUUCCUUCCAAAACUUCUGCCCACAGAUCCUCAAGCACUCUUACUUCCCACCAGUUUCCUUCCGAGGGCUCCCAUUAGGACUCUCAAAUUCCACCAGGGACUACCAGCUCUCACUCCCUUUCCUUGAGGGACAUUCCUUGCCAAAUCUCAUCUCUACUUUUAUUUCUCCUGAGGCAAAUGCAAUAGUUCAAUUCAUCUGGAUGCAUUUGGACUAGAAGUCACCCCCAAUCCACAAUAAGUUUUUAUUUUGUUUUGAACAGUUAAUAUUAACAAAUAUAUAACUACAAAGAUGAUUUUGUGUACUUAAAUGUUUAUAUUUAAAUAACAAAAUAUUCUCUACCUCCUGUUAGCUGGGCUCUCCCUAUCUGUAUACAUUGUAAUAUCUAUCUAUUUCUAGUAGAUCUGACUAGCAUUUCCCAAACCAUGUUUUAGGUGGAACACUAAUGGUUAAAAUAGUUGAGAAUCUCUGCAUAUUCCUUCUUUGAAAUUCACAAUAAUCCUGAGCACAUUGAAGGAUCUGAAAAGUCCUACAAAACUUGUUUUAUUUAUUUGUUUGUUUGUUUGUUUUGAGAUGGAGUUUCGCUCUUGCUGCCCAGGCUGGAGUGCAAUGGCGCCAUCUCGGCUCACUGCAACUUCUGCCUCCCAGGUUCAAGCGAUUCUCCUGCCUCAGCCUCCUGAGUAGCUGGGAUUACAGGCGUGUGCCACCAUGCCUGGCUAAUUUUUGUAUUUUUAGUAGAGACAGGGUUUCACCAUGUUGGUCAGGCUGGUCUCAAACUUCUGACCUCGUAAUCUGCCCACCUCGGCCUCCCAAAGUGCUGGGAUUACAGGCGUGAGCCACCGUGCCCGGCCCAGAACUUGUUAAUUGCACACUAGCACAGUAAAGACUCUGAGAAAUCCUUCAGAAUCUGUUGAAUUUUGUUUAACAAUGUUUUCUAAACUUAUUAGAACAUAGAACCUGUUGUGUGUGUGUUUGUGGAGGGCUUCUUAGAUAUCAGGGCUCACUGAGUUGAUUGAUAAAGGACAGUAGAUGUUAGUCCUAUUUGGGCCCUGGCUGGCAGGAAGUAGCAGGAGGACCCAAGGUAACUUGGAUGACAACUGGGAAAAUCUGACAUCUAGUCCUGACUCCACCUCCAAUAUAUGAGCAAGAGAAAAUCCUACUGCAAAGAGAGGGACCCAGGAGCAGGAUCCUGGAGGCAGCUCUUCAGGCCAGGGCAGCUGGAAAUCACGCACAAACACAAAGAACUAAAGAAAACUCGUCUCCUUAUUUUACAUGCGAUUAGUCCCCAGGCUUGAUUAAUCCAUUUCAGUUUACACUUAGAGAUGUUUCUUCUGGCAUUGGCCCUUGUCUGGAAACCCAGUCUCUCGAGAGGACAGACCUCCUAGGUGACACAUAUUUUAGAAACAUGCCAGGAGAAUCCUCCCAAUGCUGGACACAGGAACCAGCUGCAAUCAUGGCCCCACUAAGACAGUCGUCCUAUAGGAGGCGAGGUUUGAGUGGACUUUGAGUUAAAGAAGAACUUGAGGAUAGAAGGAAGACUGUGAAGAGCAUGGAGACCCCACAAUGGACACCACAGCAGGUUUAAGAGGUUGGGAGGAUGACCUUUUGGAGGAACCUCAGUAAAACAAUGCAGAUGAGCAAAUACCGACUGUGAAUCCACACGAUGAAUAAGUGCUAAACUUGCUUUUGAAGUUUUUGUUUGUUAUUUGUGGGUUGAUGGUUUUUGUUUUUUGGUUUUUUGGUUUUUUUGGUCAAAUAGCUUUAAUAGACUCUCACAUGAGCCUGAGCCCAAGGCUGUGAAGCAAAUCGCAAGCAGCCUCACAGAUGAGGUCCCAGGGUUCUUGCUGCAUGGAGUUGCUUCUCCGGUCCAGCAAGCCUGCUCUCCUCCUGCUGCAGCUCCAGGUAGCGAAGAGCAGCACGGAUUUUAAAGACAUGUUAAGAGGAAGACAGACAAGAAAGAAA